GACAGCCAGUGGACGGGGAUCAGCUGACUUGUUCUCACGUGACCUGCUACAGCUUCUCGGAUCCUACUCCGGGAAGCCGGGGCCGCGCCGCGAUGGUGGAGCCGGGCGGUGAGGAGGCGCGGCCGCUGCUGGACUCGGCGCACAAUGACUGUCCCCAGCGCAAGGCGCUGCCGGCCCUGUGCGACCCGCGGCGGCUGGCCCACCGGCUGCUGGUCCUGGCCUUCAUGUGCUUCCUGGGCUUCGGUAGCUAUUUUUGCUAUGACAAUCCAGCAGCUCUGCAGACUCAGGUUCAAAGGGAUAUGAAGGUGAACACAGCUACAUUCAUGGCAUUAUAUGCCUGGUAUUCCUGGCCCAAUGUGGUUCUCUGUUUCUUUGGAGGCUUUCUGAUAGACAGAGUAUUUGGAAUAAGGUUGGGCACCAUAAUAUUCAGCUCCUUUGUUUGUGUUGGACAAGUGAUCUUUGCGAUGGGAGCUCUAUUUAAUGCUUUUUGGCUAAUGGAAGCUGGCAGAUUUGUAUUUGGAAUUGGUGGGGAAUCCUUAGCAGUAGCACAAAAUGCCUAUGCUGUCAGUUGGUUUAAAGGCAAGGAAUUAAAUCUUGUGUUUGGAUUACAACUUAGCAUGGCCAGAAUUGGGAGCACUGUGAAUAUGAAUAUCAUGGGAUGGAUAUACUCCAGAGUUCAAGAUCUACUGGGCUCUACAGGUCACAGUACACUUGGAUUUACACUCAUGAUAGGUGGUGUAACGUGUAUCUUUUCACUAAUCUGUGCACUAAUUCUUGCUUAUCUGGACAAGAGAGCCGAAAAAAUCCUUUGUAAAGAGCAAGGAAAAACUGGUGAAGUGAUUAAAUUAACUGAUGUGAAAGACUUCUCGUUGUCCUUGUGGCUCAUAUUUAUAAUCUGUGUUUGUUAUUAUGCGGCUGUGUUUCCUUUCAUUGGACUUGGGAAGGUUUUCUUCAUUGAGAAAUUCAAAUUUUCUUCUCAAGAAGCAAGUGCAAUUAACAGCAUUGUAUAUAUCAUAUCAGCACCCAUGUCCCCUGUCUUUGGAUUCCUGGUGGAUAAACUUGGAAGAAAUAUUAUCUGGGUUAUGUUUGCUGUAGUGGCAACCCUUGCUUCUCACAUUAUGUUGGCCUUUACUUUCUGGAACCCUUGGAUUGCUAUGUGUAUGUUAGGAGUAGCCUAUUCACUGCUUGCCUGUGCUUUGUGGCCAAUGGUAGCAUUUGUUGUUCCGGAACAUCAGCUGGGAACUGCUUAUGGCUUUAUGCAGUCUAUCCAAAAUCUGGGUCUGGCAAUUAUUGCCAUAGCAGCUGGUACGAUACUGGAUUCUCGAGGAUAUCUGUUUCUAGAAGUCUUCUUCAGUGCUUGUAUUUGCUUGUCACUAAUAGCUGUAGUCAUGCUGUAUUUUGUGAAUCACCUCACUGGAGGUGAUCUUAACUGGUCUGCAAAGAAAAGGGAAAAACUGCAAAAGCUAGCUGCAGCUGAAGCAGAAAAACGAGAGAAACUCAGAUGUGAAAACGAAGAUAACUUGGCCAAAUUACAGCCAAAGAAUGACUUUAGUUUAAGGAAUAGGUAUCUCUCCAAACUAGGAGCUCAGGUAUUAGUAGCAAAGCAGUUUUUCCCUAAAGAAGACAGUGCAAUAAAAAAAAAUCUACAUCUAAUGUAUGUCUUCACAUAAGCAGUAUAUUGGUUUUUAUGAAAGAGCUAAAUUUAUCCCAUUGCUAUUAGAAUCUUGCCUACAAUUUAAAAAAAUAAAAACCAAACUGAAGGGGUAGAAUAAAUCAAUAGUUUUAACUUGCAAGACAGAUAAGCUGAAGAAUAGUUAUCAAUAAGAUUCAUCAUUCUUUCAAACUUUUUUUGCAGCUGCCCGAUAAUUACGCUUCCGACUUACCUGCAUUGGCACACAGAAGUGUGCUGAAAUAGCAUCACUCUGCGCAAGUUUGUCAAGAGAUGGAAGUGCUCUGAAGUUUAUGCAGACAAACUUGCUCUUACUAGUCAAGAACUACACAUAGAACAAAAGCAGAAUAAUGCACCAUGUUCUAUAUUUGAAUCCACAUGCUGUCAUCAGCAACCACCUUACCUUAAAAAAUGGUUUGAAGUAUUAGGGGAGGUUUGACUUCUGUGUGCCAUACAAAACCAAAUCUGAAACUUUAAAGCCUUGGGAAACAAUAGUCUGUUAGCCAUUCUACAUAUUCUUGAUGUAGGUAUUAGUCCGGUCAUCAGCAUAAAAUGUAGUAACAUCCUUGUUAACUUCCUGCAAUAAUUCAGUUUUUACUUACAUUUUCCAUAGUGAAAAAAACAGUAGAAAUAGGACUGCCUUUUUAAGUUCUGUCAAAUUGAGAGUUUUACAAAAACGUGGCUGUUUUAUUUAUUUAAAAAAAAAAAAAACACAGUAUAUUCAUUAAAGCCAGACUUGGAAGUUGCACUAGUACAUGGUAAUGGUGUUAAUGAAAGCUGAGCUAUUUUCCUGUGGAAAUGACACUUGAUACAGGUUUUAUAACUAUCAAACUGUUAACUGUAAUGUGUAACUUUCAAUCAGCCUCAUAUUUAUACAAAUGUAGAGUGGAGUAUCUACUAGUCUUAAUAUUAUCUGCAAUGAGAAAAAUGGCUUUAGGACCAAUUUUAUCCCAAAGAUGUGUGGGCUCCCAUGCUUGCAAUGUAAGCAGAACUGGACCCUAAAAUCUCAUACAACAUGUAUAUUUCUUGCUAAGUGGAUAGUAGAAAACUAAAAAAGUGGACUAACUUUGACUGAAUUUUCAGUCUUUUAAAGUGUGGUCUUAAUCUGAACUAAAUUAUUAUACUCUGACCUUUAUUGCUUAAAAUUUGUCUUAACUGCACAGGGAAGCCAGUAUUUUUUUCUAAUAGUUUGUUACCCUAACAAUUAUAUUAAUUUAAUAAAUCAGAAGUAACUUGAGGAAUGUUGACUUUUAUAUCUGGAACUUGUGGUUCUAUUAAGAAUUUUGUAUAUGCAAAUAUACUUUUUUUUUUUUUUUAAGUGAGUUACUUUUCUAUGACUUCUUCAAUAUUCUACAAACUUUAUCAAAGAUUUAUGAAUUGUGUAGAACUGCCAUAGUCUGGCCUCAUGAAAUCUAUCCAGGAAGAUAGUAUAAAACUUGGUGCUUUUAUAUGUUACUGUUGAAGACUGCAUUUACACAUGGUAGUGCUAAACCUUUUUGUUUGGUUUUUUACUAAUGCUAUCUUCAGGAAGAAAGCAGCAUGAACUAUCCAUGGAUGGAUUAUGUACAGUUGAUUUGUGCUUAUACUUAUAGAUGCUGAUCUUUUAGUAAAUAAAACUAAAUGGAUAGGG